GCCGGGGAGCUGUGCCCGCUGUGACGAGGAGUUGCCGUGACGACCCCUGCUCAACUGCGGGCCUGGGCGGCCGUGUGUGACUGUGUGACGAGGGCGCGUCAGUUGAGCCCAGUGUCUUCUUCCUCUGCAGCCCAGCGUUCUCGCAUCCCCUCCGCUUCCUGCCACGACUCGUUCGCCAACGUUCCUUUCGUCCUCACCGCCAUGUUCACCACGCUCCUUUCUGCGGUCAUGGCCGCCGUCGCCCUUGCCGCCCAGGCGGGCGCGGAAUACCACACCAUUCGUUUCUACAACGCAUGUGGCUUUGGAACCCCGACCCUUCUUGCGAAUGGGGAUGUCCUCUCGACUGGCGAGGACUACACGAGUGACGGGCCCUUCUCCUCUGCUAUUGCCUACCUGCAAAACGGCAACCAAUGUGGUUAUAAUGGGGAGUAUUGCACGCUGAUGGAGAUGACCAUGAAUAACCCCACCUGCGCUGGGUGCGGAUCGUCUGCUGAUCUCAGCCUCAUUGACCCGCACGCGUUCAGUUACUGGACCUCCUUCGCGUACUUCAAUGGGUGUGAAAAUACUGGUGCUAACUGUCCCGCGGCAGGAUGCGCCGCUGCAUUCUACUACUCCGAUGAAACCCAGGUUCAGGUUGCUUGCCAGGCUGAUAAUGCUGGCCUGCUUAUCGCCUUCUGCGCCGAUGCCACCACUCUCGAUGCAAACAACCUGCCCGGCACCAAUCCUUCCAGCUCCGAGGCACCCUCGACCAGCAGCACCUACGUUGCUCCGACUACCUCCUACACACCCACGUCGACCUACGUCCCCCCGACCUCGUCGGUCGUCUCCUCGUUCUCGAGCUCGGCUUCUAGCUCUUCCGCCGCGGCGUCUUCCUCUGCCUCUGCGAAGUGCCCUGCUCGCAACGCCAAGCGUUCCCUUCGCCUUAGGAAGCGUGAGGCCGCUCCGGAGCCCGAGCCCAUCGUCAAGAUGGCUCUGCGCCACCACGCUCGCCGUGGCAGCCACUAAGGUGCUCGCACCCCCGCUGCCGAUGAUGUCCCUUGGUUGUCCUAGCUGUGAAAUCUUGUGUCUAUCCGUCGAGCUGUCGUCCCUAGUUAACUUAUGAGUGGCUGUUGACCGUCGCUAUCGCUUUAUAUCCUUCUCCGUGCGGUGCGUUAGCUCAGUUGUUUGUAUCUCCGUCCUCCCACAUGCGGUGCCCUGGUAUGGGCGGGAGCGAGGCUAG